ACAAUCCGAAUCUGCUCUGCUCUGUCCGGUUGCUGCUCUUGCCGGUUGUGGGUGCAAAUUCCUUUGAAUUUUCGAUCCGUGAGAUUCCCCUGAAUUUUUCCUUCCAUGCCGUCGGCCUCCCCCAACCUCCAGCUCCGGCCUUGCUUAUUGAAUUCCGGUAUGGACAGCUUCCUUUAAGUCCAAUUUUACCCAUUUAGCUGCUGUUUGAAUUUUCCUAUGUUGUCCAAAAAUUUGCCGAAAAUGGGGAGGAAUUUCGGUAGCAUUUUAAAUGUGUUUUAAGCUUGAUUAUGUAGAAUUUAGCUUGAAUUGGAUACUGUGAUGUUUUGUGUGAAAAUCCCGUGUGUGUGAGUGUGGUUUUGCCAAGCUCGGUUCCUCCAUUUUGUCCGUUGGAAGUUCCUGUUGAAAUGGAGGAGUUUUGGCAGCCUUAAAACAUGGGUUUUAAGCUUGCUUAACGUAGAAAAUUAGCUUAUUAUGACCGUUGUGAGAUUUGGAGAGAAAUCGCGUGAAUUUGCUAUGUUUUGCCAAUUUUGGAAGUUGAAGUUACUGUUCAUGGAUACUGUUUAUAGGUACUGUUCAUGGAUACUGUUCACACACCGCGGGUCAACGAUUAAUGGGGAUUCAAAUGAUUAGUUUGUGAUAUAAGAAUAAAUUUGGAGAUGUCCAGUUAUGUGGAAAUUGAUAGAAAUAGCACCGUGAUGAGGGGUUUUGAUCGUUCUGUCACCGUAGCACUUGGGUUAGCCUUCUGUUCUGUGCGAGUGAGGUAAAUAAAUUAUGGUAAAGCCCUUUGAUUUUAAAGCAUGUUUUAAACUGUUUUUGAGAUGGUGGCAAGCUUUAAAUUGAUUUUAUCAGCAUCUGAGUGUGAUUAAACUGAAAUGUAAAUUGUGAUGGUUUCUAUGAGAAUUUCAUUGUUUUUCUGAAAUGGAGCAUGAUUGGAAUGAAAAUGGGAAUUUCAAUGUUUUCUGGAAUUGAGCAUGAUUGGAAUGAAAUUGUUUUCAUUGCAUUGAGUAGAGCAUGCCUAUUUGAAAUUGACUGAACUGUUUUGAUGAACUGAGAGUUUGCAAAUUUUGAGUUUUCUGUUAAAUCCAUGCUCACAUGGAAAAUUUUUGGUUAUUUCUGAAAUUGGAGAUUGAUUGUGAAUUUCGGGUUUUUUUGUAAAUUCUGCAUGGUUUUGUCUCGGAUAUAGUCAUGAUUACUAACGCCCGCUAGUGGGAGCUGUAAACGCUAGCACAUGUCGACAUGUAUUUCUGUAGAACCGGUUCACCCUGCCAAUGGGGUUAAACAUUGGUUAUUACUGACACCUGCCAGUGGGAGUUGUUAAACACUGUGGGAGUUUGUAAACACUAGUACCAUUACUGACGCCUGCCAGUGGGAGUUUGUUAAACACUGGCCAUGACUUAUAGAUGAGACUACUGAUGAGUUUUAUUAUGCAUGAAUGGUUUAUCAUUGAAAGUUUUAUUAUGUUUACAUGGUUUGUCAUGAAUACUUUGCAAUUGAACUGAAUCUGAUUUUGUCAUUGAGCGUUUUGUUAUAUUAAACUGUUUGUCUGGCAUGCUUAAAAGUUUUACCCAAGGGCUAUCCAUAUUUACUUACUGAGUUAUCUCAUAGUUUUCCUUGUCCACCAUUUCAGGAAGCGAAACCGAUGACGGGAAAACCGAGGGGAGUGACGAGUUAUAAGGCUAGCCACUUGUAAUUGAUAUAUAUUUGAGAUAUAGAUCAUGAUCUUAUUGUGAUUUGAAUAAAUUAGAUUGUAAUUGGAGAUUUUAUAAAUUCAUUUAAUGGAUUGUUAGUUUAUAAGAGAUUUGAUCUGGAGAUUUUGAGGUUAAGUCAUGUGGACAUAGAAUUAAUUUUGAAAUAUCCGAUCUAAGUUAAUGGAUUGUCAAAUGUGAAUUGGAUAAGUUCCGAGCCUUGUGCAUUCGUGGGACCCGUUCACGAGUGCAUGGCGUCUGUCGCGCCUCCGAUUUGGGUUUUGGGGCGUGACAACUUCGCUUCUUGAAAUGGUGGACAAGGAAAAACUAUGAGAUAAACUCAGUAAGUAAAU